AGCAGCUUUGGUGGCCUUGGCCCAGGCUAGGCCUUCCCCUGCGCGGGCCACGGGGUGGCGGCGCGGGGCAGCAGGCAGGCGGCCCUGACGCUCCCGGCUGCACGGGGGUGGUGGAGACGAGCGCAGCCCAGGGCCGGCUCGGGCCACACCUGCAGCCCCGGCACCCGUCUGGCAAGCGCCUCCACAGGCCCCGCCCGUGCGCUCCCCGGGCCGGCGCAGGGGAAGGGGCGGCGCGGCGGGAGGCGCUUCCGCGGGCAGGAGCCGCCGGCCCGGGCUGCAGCUGCGCCUCGCGGGAGGUCCGGCUCGGCCUGGGGCGGGGAUCGGCGCGGCCUCCCCGCUGACGGGCUCUGGGCGGGCGGACCCGGGAGCCUCCGGGGCGGCGGCCGGGCCUGGGCGGGAGCGUGGCGCUGAAGGAGGCGGGUGAGGAAGCGGCGCCGGGGGCCGCCCGGGCCCGGGGAACAGGAGCGCGGCUGCGGGCCCGGCCCGAGGAGGCGGAGCCGCGGAUGAGCAGGGGCGGCGGGCGAGGGCCGCGGGAGGGCGCCAGCCAUGGAGAAGAUGGCCAGGGUCACCACGGCCCUGGGCGGCAACGCCAUCACGGGCCGCACCAUGUUCUGCCACCUGGACGCGCCCGCCAACGCCAUCAGCGUGUGCCGCGACGCCGCCCAGGUGGUGGUGGCCGGCCGCAACAUCUUCAAGAUCUACGCCAUCGAGGAGGAGCAGUUUGUGGAGAAGCUCAACCUGCGCGUGGGCCGCAAGCCAUCCCUCAACUUCAGCUGCGCUGAUGUGGUCUGGCACCAGAUGGACGAGAACCUGCUGGCCACGGCCGCCACCAACGGCGUGGUGGUCACCUGGAACCUGGGCAAGCCCUCCCGCAACAAGCAGGACCAGCUGUUCACCGAGCACAAGCGGACGGUUAACAAGGUCUGCUUCCACCCCACCGAGGUGUACAUGCUGUUGAGCGGCUCCCAGGACGGCUACAUGAAGUGCUUCGACCUGCGCAAGAAGGACUCGGUCAGCACCUUCUCUGGCCAGUCAGAAAGCGUGCGUGAUGUGCAAUUCAGCAUCCGGGAUUACUUCACCUUCGCAGCCACCUUUGAGAAUGGGAAUGUGCAGCUGUGGGACAUCCGGCGGCCAGACCGCUAUGAGAGGAUGUUCACUGCUCACAAUGGGCCAGUCUUCUGCUGUGACUGGCAUCCUGAGGACAGGGGCUGGCUGGCAACAGGAGGACGAGAUAAGAUGGUGAAGGUCUGGGACAUGAAUACCAACCGGGCCAAAGAGAUCUACUGUGUACAGACCAUAGCUUCUGUGGCAAGAGUGAAGUGGCGGCCUGAGUGCAAACACCACAUUGCCACAUGUUCCAUGAUGGUGGACCACAACAUAUACGUGUGGGAUGUGCGGCGCCCCUUCAUCCCCUCUGCCAUGUUUGAAGAGCACAAGGAUGUUACCACAGGCAUUGUAUGGCGCCACCUCCAUGACCCCUAUUUUCUCCUCUCUGGCUCCAAGGACAGUACCCUCUACCAGCACAUCUUCAAGGAUGCCAGCCAGCCCAUUGACAGGGCCAACCCUGAGGGGCUGUGCUACAGCCUCUUUGGAGACCUGGCCUUUGCAGCCAAAGAGAGCCUUAUUUCCUCUGACUCCAACCGCAAGCCUUACAUUGGUGACCGACGGCACCCCAUCUUCUUUAAGCGCAAGCUGGACCCCACUGAGCAGUUUGAGUACAUCUCCUCUUCCAGUGCCCUCAGUGUCUUUGAGACAGAUGUGGAGAGCGGCAGCAUGGACUGGUUUGUGAGAACAGCCAAGCAGUACGUGCUGGCGGGGCGGCCUCUGGCAGAACUGUGUGACCACAAUGCAGCAGUAGCAAAGGAGCUUGACCGCAACCAGGUUGCUCAGACAUGGACGAUGCUCCGAAUUAUUUACUCCAGCCCUGGCACUGUGUCAUCUGCUAACCUGAAUCACAGCAUGGGCAAGGGCAGCGCCAGCCUCCCACUCAUGAACAGCUCCUUCUCCUUCCUUCUUUCCCUGGAUUAUCUAGACAAUGAGGAGACUGAGGGCAGUGACGUCCCUGCAGACUAUCUUCUGGGGGAUGUGGAGGGAGAUGAGGAUGAGCUGUACAUGAUGGACCAUGAGAAUCCCCAUGCUGAGGAGCAGGAGUACAUCCUACCCCAGGAGGCCUUUCCUCUGCGUCAUGAGAUUGUGGACAACCCCUCUGCCCUGGACCACCUGCAGGACAAGGCUGACUCUCCUCAUGUCAGUGGCAAUGAGGCUGAGACCGUGUCCCUGACCCCUGUGGAAUCCUUCUCCCUCAUUUCCAUCUCUCACUCGCUCUAUGAGAACCGCCUGCCCCCAGACUUCUUCAGCCCCAUCGUGCGGGACAUGCUGCUUUUCUAUGCCGAGCAGGGUGAUGUGCAGAUGGCCGUGUCCGUGCUCAUUGUGCUCGGGGACCGGAUCCGGAAGGAAAUCGAUGAGCAGACCCAGGAGCACUGGUACACCUCCUACAUCGAUCUGCUGCAGCGCUUCCAGCUCUGGAACAUCUCCAAUGAGGUGAUCAAGCUGAGCACAUGCAGAGCCAUCAACUGCCUCAACCAGGCCUCCACCACCCUGCACAUCAACUGCACCAACUGCAAGCGGCCCAUGAGCAACAAGGGUUGGAUCUGUGACAGGUGUCGGCAGUGCGCCAGCAUGUGCGCCGUGUGCCACCACGUGGUGAAGGGGCUCUUUGUGUGGUGCCAGGGCUGCAGUCAUGGUGGGCACCUGCAGCACAUCAUGAAGUGGUUGGAAAGCAGCUCCCACUGUCCGGCAGGCUGCGGCCACCUCUGUGAAUACACUUGAGCCCAGGGGAUUCCCGUGUGGCUGGAUUGAAGCCAACAGAUCAACUGUGGGUGCCUCUGCUCUGGGCGUGGGUUUGGGUUUGGAGCCACAGCGUGGCUAGGCAGCAGAAGAUGCCUCUGAUGCCCGUGCAGGGUGGGGGAGCAGGAAGGGGUGAUUGCAGACAAGGUUCCUGCAUGGGCAGAAUCGCAGAGGGCCCGGACACUCCUCCCUGGCUGUUCCUUCCCCAGCAGGGUGUAAACAACUGUAGCAAAGGUGCCAACAGGCCCUUUGGCACCAGGCGCACCCGAGCCUGAGCUCCGCUCCAACUUUUAUACCGGAUUAAAGAGCAAAGCAGC